AUGAGCGUUGGUGAUGGCAGAGCUGGAGGGCCCAAUGAUGGAGAAGUCGAUAUUGAAAUCACUGAAGAUAUUCUUAUAGACGGUGGAGAUGACCCCAUAUCAUCGAUUGUCGACAGCACAUACCCUUCACUCACUGAUCACCUUUGGGAAGCCAAAUACUUCCAAGAAAGAGCAAUUCUAGCUCCAACUAAUGAAAAAGUUGAGAAGGUAAAUGAUCAUGUGUUGUCCACAAUUCCAGGUGAUGAGAAAAUUUACUUGAGUUGUGAUGGAAUUAGUAAAGAUGAAGGGAACUUAGGGGCUCAUGAUAUAUAUUCCACUGAAUUCUUAAACACAAUAAAGUGCUCGGGCCUGCCAAAUCAUAGUAUUAAGUUAAAAGUUGGUGCGCCUAUCAUGUUACUUCGUAAUAUUGAUCAGACAUCUGGAUUGUGUAAUGGCACGAGGCUGGUAGUGAAGCAUUUAGGCAAUCGAGUGAUUGAAGCUACUGUCAUUUCAGGGAGCAAUGUUGGUGACAAGGUAUUCAUCCACGAAUGA